CGGAUGCAGAUAAGCCACUUGAGAAACGUAAACGGACGUGAACGGGUGAUCAGGUAUUUGGUAGAAUUCCUCCUGAAUUCUCCACUAGGGAGAUUAACAAGCAUUCAGAGACACAGUAUGGGUGAUGGCCCAAUUCAUCUGCUGACUGUGCUUGAGCCGAGCAAACUGUAAGUUCUUGAUGUUCAUGAGAGUUCUGCCAACCAAGUCAAGAUGUUUGGCUAUCCAGCCUUGGGCCACCGUCAGGGGGAUGUUGGCUUCUAUGAUGCCCGUGGGGAUGAAGAGGCUUUCCUGAAAGCUAAACCACCACUUUCCCAAGAGAUCUUUCAGAGUUACAAACCAAAAAACCCUUGGCAGUCUAGUCCAACCUUUGAUGAAGAUUUUGUAUUGGUGUGUGAAUUCUCCGAGCUGGAGGGGCCAAAACCAGUGAUGACCAUACCCAAAGAUGCCAGUGGCGAUUUUGAUCUGAAUGACUUUGCACUGAAGAUCAUGGCCAUUGACUACAAUGCGACCAACAUUGUCCGAUCUGGGGGCAUGUUCUCAUUGGUUGAAGACACUGGUGUUGUUUUAGAAGAACCUAAGGAGUCAGCAUGUGCUUACGUUCAUCAUUUCACACUAUAUGAUGUCAUAGCAAGGGGCUAUGUACGACCCUUCUGCAUAGCAUACGUCACCUCAGACCAACGAAAAAUAAUUAGGAAUUUGGAGUGGUUGAUGACACGGUUCAGCAAAGUAAGUGAACUGUUCCGAUUUGGGAAUCGGUGCCAAUUUCAGGGAGACCUGAAAUGCCGAUUAGCAGACAUCCAUUAUACCAUGGAAGACUUGCAAACACAGAUGUCAAAGGUCAAUGGUACAACGCAGGUCAUGCCAUCAGAUGGAAAAAACACUGGCGCUGAACACAGAUCCAAGCAAAAAUAUGUUGCAUUGGAGAAGGGACUGCGUGAGAUUCAGGACAUAAUGAAACUAAUGGAGCCAGAGCUGACCAAUCCCAAACUGGAGACCCUUUUCAAAAACUUGGAACAGCUGUCAAGUAGAAGAAAAUGUAAGCCUAGACGGCACCACCGUUCAAGUAGUAUCCAUGAAGAAGGUUACCACAGCGACGGGGAGGAGAAACCUUCAGUAGAUUCUCAUCAGAGAAGAGUCCGAAGAAUCAGUACUUGUGAUAGUCUGAGUGACUUGCAGUCAUCGCUAGAUACACCAUCGUCAUAUACACCACAGAUCAUCCGACUGGAUGGAUAUCGCAAGUUUGAUAUACGACUACGAACUCUUCAUGAGCUCUGUGGGUGGGGCUACAAGGCUGCGUUAGGCAAGGUCCGCAAAAUGCAUAAACAUCUGAGUAGGAAUCCUCUGAUCUUGUAUAUGGAGAAGAAAGAAGCUCAGUUAGUUGACCCUACCUCAGCUUUGUUGUCCAUUGGCAGAACAGUGGUGAUCAACUUUAUGCAGAACAUCAACUGGGACUGUGUAUCCGACAGUGGAACUUGCCAAGAUGAGAUUGACAGACCCUGCCAUACACCCCUGGAGCGACUAGCAUCGACGAUAUCAACAUCCAGUGUCAGCCCUUCUCCUGACGAUGAAUCAAUGCUGGCCUAUGAAGCGAGAUUUGUGCCUGGUACGGCAUACGCAUCCAUGGAGUCUCUGUACUAUGAUGUGAAUGAGAGCCUUGAGGAAAGUAGUGAUGAUGAUGAUAAUGACAUCACAGAGAUUCCAAAAAAGUUGCUAGGCAACGGUGUGUUUAUCACAUCUGAUGAUGGCAGUUGGCUGGAUCUAGAUGUCAGUCCCAAGGAAUUGGACAUCACUUCAUCAGUUGCAAACACCCUGAAGCGGAAGGGCAGAUCAGUCAGCAAAACAGACAGUGCCCCUGUAGAUGACAUGGAUAACACUACAUUAGUCAGAGAAGCUACAUCUGUUAAUUACAGGGCAGAUUUCAACAUGACAUGUUACCCACAAAACAAGGGUUGUCUUUUUGAACACGCCAACUUGCCAACAAUCAGUGCUGACACAUAUGUUGUUAGGAGAAAUAAGAAAGUAACUGUAGGAAGUUAUGCCAGUAGAAUCAACAGCUUCAAUAAAUACUUGCCAGGAUCUGGUGUCCGUAAUUUCAUCGGUCAUUACUCAUUUGCCAUUCAUCUUGUCUAUGCCUUACUCAGUGGGAGGACUGUCAUAGUUGUAGCCAGCCCACAAUAUGAAAAAGAGGUGACAGCUGUGAUACGAACUCUUUGGCUUUUUGUGCCAGGUCAUUCCAGUAAGCAUCACCUUGUGGUCCCCUGGCAUACUCAACCCCUGUGCCUCUCUGAUUUGAGUCACAUGAAGCUGAUUGGUCUAUCCAGACACAAAUCAACCACUCCUAUCAUACCUCAUGAAGUGCAGGACCGUAGCACUGUGUUUGACUAUGAUGAAAGUACUCUCAAAACACCUCCAUAUAAGGGUUUUCAUCUGACCCACAUGAUUAAGACGUGUAAACAUUUCCGUAGUGAUCAAGCGUGCAUAGCAUUCAUCCAUAGUCAUCUCUUGGAACUAGCACAAAAUACAUUUGUAUAUUAUCACAGUUACUGCCUCAACUCGCCAAACCUCCAGUUGAUCUCAGGAACUGACAAAGUUAAAACCAAGAUCACACUGAGGAGUGAUACGUCAAAGACGGGAACUGACCAAAUGAGAAAUACGUCCAUCGCUUACCUCAGCAAGUUGGGAAUAUCAGAUGGAGAUGUAGACAUUGUAGAGUACUGGGUGGAAAUCAUCCAACAACAGAUUGAUGAUGAGCUGGGCCUGCAGGCUGGGUCAGCAAUAAUACUUCCACCCUCUGUGCAUGUAGAACAUAAGGAGUGCAAGAUGUUCCAGGUCUGAAGAGUGCACUGCUCUCAACAAGUGAGUCCAGUGGAUCUUACUUACUCCCUCCAGUGCAAUGACAUGCAUGUAGUAACCCAAUCAAUCUGUGCAAAGAUUCAUGUUUCCUUUUAUACAUAAAGGAUAAUCUCUUAGAAAGUAAGUCUUUUUUAAUUUUGCUGGAAACUGGUUGAAAUCAAUACUGUGAAAUUCCUAAUGUUAAAUUGUCAGGUUGCAGUAUUUGAAAGUGUGAAAUUUGUUUAUGUUGGAUAAUUGAGUUGAACGUACGUGGUAUUGUAUUUCAUGACAUCAGAUUGAGGGAGUUCAUAUGCGCUGUUGGUGGCUGACGGAGCCCCUCAAAUAUUGACAUAAUAUGCAAUGACAAGAUGUGACGUGUGUCCUCGUCAAUUUUGAAAUGUUUUCCUUUGUCAACAUCAUAACGUGAUUUUUCAAAGAAAUUUAUCAUUCAGUCUUUAUAUCAUAGCAAGAAUGGUGCAUUAAGUAAUGAAAUGCAGCAUGAUAUUUCAUUUUCACAUGUAACUGAAUUCUCUGCUUUUAAAUUGUCAUCAUUAUUGGAGUUUGAUAGCAAAGAAACUCGUACGGUUGAUCAACAGUAUUUCAAUUUGUCAUUAUUGUCUUUUCAGAAGUUAAUCAGUGCCUUGAUGUUUGUAUGGAGUAUGUUCCACAGUUAAUGGGGGGUUUGCUAGAGGCUCUUGAUUGUUGGAGUAGUUUGGUGCUUAGACUUGCCGGGCAAGGUGACUCGAGCCCACAAUGGCUGGCUGUGUUGAGUUACUGUUGAAGUCCUUCAGCAUGUAGCCAGAUUCACAAUUCACAAAGCGCUCUGUGAUACAUGUAGAUUAUGAGAUUUUGAGGCUGUGUUGCAGCCAAUGAUGUAAAGAUUGUUGUAAUUGUCAUUUAAUUUCUUGCUUCCCUCCCUACAAAGGGAAGUGAGGGAAAACAAAUAAUCCAGUGGCUGUUAACUUGCCUGGCAGGGUUGCUUGAUAACAGAAAUGGUCAGUUGACUUUAAAAAAGAAAAUUCACUAGCAAAAGAAGUGGUCCAUGUGUACCCUCAUAUUGUUCCAGAGUGGCAACCAUGUUGACAUCAAUCAUUAUCAAGUUGCAACGAUCUAUUGAGCUGCAGAAAUUCUCACGUCUGUUUAUGUGUUGGCUGACUGAUGUCAUUACUUUGUUUUGAUUAACAAGCUAACUGGUUUUGUAACUUCAUGAUGAAAUGUACUUUUUCUUAUUUUUUUCCUAAAAUUUAAAACAUCAGUGACUUUGCCCGCUUAUGUUGGAUUGUUUGAUUGUGAUUGCUGAUGCUUUUCGAAACGCCAUGGUGCUAAAAUGGAAGUCAUUUUUAAUUUUCGAUUUGCUUUGCAUAAGAAAAAGGAAAAACCCUUCAAGUAAAUUGGCUUCAUGACGAGACAUGUGUUUUCCUAUUUGAUGACAUUUAAAUGUCAAGCCCUCUUCCAGCAUUCUCAUGGUAGUGAUGAGCCUAGAGUAUAGACUGCCAUGCAACUGUCCCAUGUUGUACAGGAAACUGACCACAAUGACGUAAGCAGUUAAUACCUGUGAGCUGCGACAGCUCCCUUAGAGACAUUACCCAAAGUGCCUAGCAUGCUCUGCUCGAUUUACAUCUCCUGAGGCUGUAUUAAUUGACUGGUUGUGUACAUGUAUAAAAAAAACCUGGGGCAUAGGUAUUGAAAUCAUGCUUUUUCUUUUCAAGUUGAAUAGUAUACAUCUCCAUGAAAUUUCUUUUGACAGAAAGCACGUUUCUCUAGCCUUCCAGCUGUUGCAAUAAUGUAUUUCACUGGGUAAUUAAAAAAAAUUUCCUGACCAUAGGUUAGUGAAAUUUCUUUAGACAUUUAUGCAUUUGACACCUGGGAUUACUGUAAAGUGUUAUAAAAAAUAACUAUCUGAAAUUCAUAAAGAAAUGAGAUUCGUGUAUGCACAACAAACUGUGCGUGUGUAUAUACCCAAUUUUGCCCAAAUUUAGGUCCAAAAUCAAACAUAGUUAAUUAACACUAUAUAACACACAAUGCAGUUGUGGCAGGUAUGGGUCGGAUUUUGCUAAUUCAUUUCAAAUUUAACUCUAUUAAAUACAUAAUGAGAAUUUUUUUGGAAUUUUGAGUUUUCUGAAAGUGACUGUUUUCAGCUGAAAACACUCACUGAAUUAAUAAGAAGAAAAAUAUGAGGCAAACUAGAGCCCUGCUAUGCUGAAACGAGACACCCGAAUCAAAUCUGUAAAUGUAAUCGUACAACACUUUCACUCGUCCUAAAGUGUGUUUGUUAUUGGAAUUGGUGUCGUUUUAUCUUGCCCAAACACACUAUUUUUAUGGGCUAAUGAGGUGUGGUGAAUAUUUUGGAUAUUCCUGCAGUUUUAACAAGCCAGAUUUGGUAUACAAACUGAGCUACCACUCAAUUAGCCGCCUCACCGUAUAUUUUUUUACUGUGCUCCGGCUUGCUUUACCAAAAGUCUGAAUUAAUUGUCUGAGGAAAUUGUUCUAAAAACAAAUAUAUUUUUGUGCAUUCCUUAAAUACUCAGUAUUAUCCUUCCAGUACUGUAACUCUUGACUUGUGAUUCUAACUAAUUUUAGAAUUUGAUUAAUUAAAUUUUUAAGUAGCAAAUAAAUAAGGCCUUUUUGCCGCACAAAAACUGUCA